AAACAUGUUUUGUCCUUUUUAUAUGACAAUAAAUGAGAUGUUCUAUCAUGAAAUUGAGAGGAUGAUGUAGCAAAAUUCAAGAUUUAAAACAAAGAAUUAGUGGCCUGUUAAAUAAUUAAAGCUAGAAGAAAGGAACAAUUGAUGUGUAAGUGUUGUUUCCAAUACAUAAACUAUAGUAGUUUUAUAAUCCUAUUAGCUGUUUGUUAGCAUCAACUGUACAAGAAAAUUAGGAACAACCAAUCCUGUUUGUUCCCGCCAACUGUAAUUACUUGAGGUUCCAAAGUAUCAGUUUUAACUUACUCUUCUUGUACUUACUUCAGGACUCUUAUAAUAAUGCAAACAAAUGGUAAUGCAGGCAGAAGCAAGAUUACAAAUAGCAAAAUUCUUAACCCAUGUCCGAAUUUCUGUUGUUUAUAACAUAUAUAUAGAAGUUUAGCCUGAAUCUUGUCCGAAAGGUUCAGGUAACGGAGCAUGGAAUCUGUACCGGAAACGAAUGGGAUUCAUGACAAUAAUGAUGUCAAAAAGCUCGAGACAGAAGAGGUAAACGAUUCGCCAAUCGAGCAAGUACGGCUCACAGUUCCUAUAACAGAUGAUCCAACUCUGCCUUGCUUGACAUUCAGAACAUGGUUUCUAGGGAUCAUUUCUUGUGCUCUUCUCGCUUUCUUGAAUCAGUUCUUCGUUUUUCGCCAGAAUCCAAUUUACAUUUCAUCGGUUGCAGCUCAGAUUGUGGUACUCCCAGUCGCCAAGUUAAUGGCAGCGUAUUUACCGAACAAAUUAAUUCGAGUUCCAGGGACCAAAUGGUCGUUUUCUUUGAAUCCAGGCCCGUUUAACUUGAAAGAACAUGUUCUUAUCACCAUAUUUGCGAAUGCAGGAUCAAACAAUGUUUAUGCAGUGAAUAUAAUUACCAUUGUUAAAGCGUUUUAUUAUAGGGACAUUCAUCCAGUAGCAGCUUUGCUGUUAACACAAACUACCCAGAUGCUUGGAUAUGGUUGGGCCGGAGUUUUCAGAAAAUAUCUUGUCGAUUCGCCUUACAUGUGGUGGCCUGUAAAUCUCGUUCAAGUUUCGCUCUUUCGGGCAUUACAUGAAGAUGAGAAAAGGCCUAAAAGAGGCUUAACAAGGCUGCAAUUCUUCGUUGUAGUCCUCGUAUCGAGCUUUGCAUACUAUAUCAUUCCGAACUAUCUCUUUCAAUCUAUAACCGCUCUGUCCUUCAUCUGUUGGAUAUACAAGGAUUCCAUUACAGCCCAACAAAUAGGUUCCGGUCUCCAUGGACUCGGAAUUGGAUCGUUCGGUUUCGAUUGGUCAACCAUAUCGAGCUUCCUCGGUUCACCAUUAGCCACACCAGGAUUUGCUGUGAUGAACCUGUUAGCCGGAUUCAUCAUUAUCCUCUACGUUAUUAUCCCUACAGCUUACUGGACAAAUGCAUAUGGAGCGAAACGUUUCCCAAUUUUCUCACCACAUGUGUUCAAUUCCAUGGGACAACCUUAUGAUGUUUCGUUAAUUAUUAAUCAAACAAACUUCUCAUUCAUAGAAGAUGCAUAUAAUGGCUAUAGCAAAGUCAAUCUGAGUAUAUUUUUUGUAUACACUUAUGGUCUCAGCUUUGCACUAUUAGCUGCUACAUUGUCUCAUGUUGCAAUUUUCCAUGGAAGAUCAAUUUGGCAGCAAACAAAAGCAGCAUUUACGGACAAGUACGGUGAUGUACAUACAAGAAUAAUGAAGAAAAAUUACGAAGUUGUUCCGCAAUGGUGGUUUUAUACUAUCUUGAUAGUUGUAGUAGGACUGGCCAUUUUUGCUUGUGAAGGCUUUGGAGGACAAUUACAGCUUCCUUACUGGGGUGUAUUGCUGGCUGUCAGCCUUGCUUUCUUCUUUACCCUUCCGAUCGGCAUAAUUCAAGCUACUACAAAUCAGCAACCAGGACUGAAUGUGAUAACUGAGCUUAUAAUCGGUUACUUGUACCCUGGCAAACCUUUAGCCAAUGUGGCGUUCAAGACGUACGGAUACAUAAGCAUGUCACAGGCCCUGAUGUUCGUUUCCGACUUCAAGCUUGGUCAUUACAUGAAAAUUCCUCCCAAGUCAAUGUUUCUUGUCCAGUUAGUAGGAACUAUAAUUGCAUCCUCAACCUACUUUGGAACUGCUUGGUGGCUACUCACUUCAAUAGAGAACAUCUGCCAUCCCGACAAGUUACCAGACGGAAGUCCUUGGACAUGUCCUGGAGACGAUGUUUUCUACAAUGCCUCCAUCAUCUGGGGAUUAGUCGGACCGUUACGAAUGUUCGGACGACUAGGCCUCUAUGCAAAAAUGAACUACUUCUUCCUCGUCGGCCUCGUGGGACCAAUGAUCGUGUGGAUAUUCACUCGAAUAUUCCCAAAACAGAAAUGGAUAAGACUGAUCAAUUUUCCGGUGAUCAUAGGUGGCACCGGAGCAAUGCCGCCGGCUCGAGCUGUGAACUAUAUAAGUUGGUUCACAGUGGGUAUAUUUUUCAAUUUUGUGGUGUAUAAGAGAUAUAAGAAGUGGUGGGCAAGGCAUAACUAUGUGUUAUCAGCUGGAUUAGAUGCUGGAGUGGCAUUUUUGGCAAUUCUUUGUUAUUUUAGUUUGCAGAUUAGUGAUAUUAAUGGACCAACUUGGUGGGGUUUGGAAUUGAGUGAUCACUGUCCUUUGGCUACUUGUCCUACUGCUCCUGGCAUUGUUGUUGAUGGUUGUCCUGUUUUGUAAUCUCUCUUACAAGUUUAUGUUUCCUGUCCUAAAUGUUGUACUUUUCACUUCUUAAUCUAUGACAAAACAGAAGACCCAGCAAGAACAUGAACCAUA